AUGUCUUCGCUGCGUCGCCCACUCGUCACUGCACUACAAGGCGCAUCGUCCAGAAGAGUCGCGCAAUCCUUACCUGCGCGACUGUCUUCAACGAUGUCAGGUGCGGUCACCGCGCAAGAAUACGAGGCACUCACUAUUCCACCAAUAUUCGACAUAUUUGACGCUCCAGUGCGCCUUGGAGAGUCUUCCGCACUUGUUGGACGAACAGCCACAACCGCUCGUGUCGUUGCACACGAACGCGACGGUGAAAAAUUGCGAAAUGCCGCUACCAUCUUCACCCGAGUUCACCAUUUUUCCUCACUACCUCCCCCCGUCGUGUUCGAUGGCCCAGCUCGCCCAACACAUUUAUUCCCGCGAGCCCUUGAAAAUCGUCGCAAAAUACGGCAACGCCUAUCUCCCUCGCCUAACAGGCAGGCACACACCCCUUCAUCCCCCUUCAUGUCAACAUCAGAGCCUGUGUAUGAAAUCUUUGAUGGACCUUCGCGGAUAAACCGCUAUAAAUACCCAACGUCAUCCUCACAGUCUUCAUCACGGCCAUAUAUUUGCCUUGCUCUAGGCAUAUCUGGAGCCUUUGGUUGGCUGGCGAUGAAGGAACAACUGGAUGACCAACAGCAGCAGGGAAUCGGGACAUCUUCAUAA